AUGUCAGAAGCAAUUGAAGAACCAUCUACUUCUAAUACCGAGUUACUUUCAACAAAAAUGGCACCAAAAAAGGUUGAUAUUUCUUCAUUUCAAGAACGUCUAGAAAAGCUCCAUGCAAAAAGAAUGGAAAUAGAAAAGAAGAAUAUGGAUGCAGUGGUAGAAGAAGACCGAUUGAAAAAACAACCAAUCAAGGAUACUAUGAAACGGAAACGUGAAGCAAAAGUGGUAAAAAAAGUAGAAGAUGAAAUGGUUGCGGAAGAGUUAGGUGUUGAUUAUGAUCGUUAUAAAUCUUUUACUACCUCUGCUAUAUAUGCGGAUAAGAUGGAAGAAAUAAAUAAAAAAAAGAAAAAAUUUGCUGAUACAGGUUUUUCAAAUUAUGAGGAUGCCAGUAUGAAGGCAUAUGUUAGAGCGGCAGAAGCAAUUAAACCAGACUUUGACAGUUAUAAUAAAAUGAAAGAAAUAAUUGGAGAAGACAACUUUUAUCCUAAGGCAAAUACUAUAAUCGAUGGUACUUAUUAUCCUUCAGAAGCUAGUUUAGAGAAGCUUUCUCAAAGUAUUGAUCAAAGAGAGAAGAAACGAAGAGAAUAUCAUAGAAGAAGAACAUUUGAUCCUGAUGCUGUUGUUGAUUAUAUUAAUGAAAAAAAUAGAAAAUAUAAUCAAAAAUUAGAAAGAUAUUAUGGUCAAUAUACUAAGGAUAUAAAAGACAGUUUGGAAAGAGGAACAGCCUUGUAA